GUGUACAGAGAGAGGUAUAUAGAAACAAAAGAGGGAGUAGCAAAAGCCCAAAGAAGCUUCUGUUUGUUCAUGUUCAUGAUAAUCAUCAAACCAAACCCAUAAGCUUUAUUUUUUACUCUCUUCUAUUAUUAUAUCAUUGAGUUUCUGCUCUAAAAACAGCUUCUCCUUUUUCUUCUGCUUGAAACCCAGUUGCGUUUUUGUUUUUUUAUUGGGGUGUUGUUACUGAAACUAAAGCUUUUGUUAAGGCUUUGAUGUCUGUGCCAUUAGAGCAUGAUUACAUAGGCUUAUCCUCAGAGGCUGUUCCUUCAAUGGAAGGCUCUGAGAGGUCCUCAAGUGGAGGUUUAAAUCUCAACCUCAAGGCCACUGAACUGAGACUAGGCCUGCCGGGGUCUGAGUCACCUGAGAGAGAUAAUGGGGUUGGGGUGCUGAAGAGCUUGUUGGUGGUGUCUGGGGCCAAGAGGGGCUUCUCUGAUGCCAUUGAUGGAGGCUCUGGGAAGUGGGUUUUUUCUGGGAAUGGUGGAUCUGAGGCUGAGUUGGGUAAAGGUGGGAACUUGUUCUCUCCUAGAAGCGUUAAUGGUGGUGGGUGUGAAUGUAAUAAUCAGAAUACGGGUUUGGGUAGUCCAGUUCUGAAAGAUGGUGUUGUUCCUCCUCCGUCACCUAAGCCAUUGCAGGAAAAGAAGCCUCAGCUUUCUGCUCCUGCAGCAAAGGCACAGGUUGUGGGAUGGCCACCAAUUCGUUCAUUCCGGAAGAAUUCAAUGGCUACUCAUUCUCCAAAGAAUGAUGAUGAUGCGGAGGGCAAGUCAGGAUCUGGAUGUCUUUAUGUCAAGGUCAGCAUGGAUGGUGCUCCAUACCUGAGGAAAGUUGAUCUCAAAACCUAUGGCAGCUAUAUGGAGCUCUCUUCAGCACUGGAAAAGAUGUUCAGCUGCUUUACAAUUGGUCAGUGUAGCUCUCAUGGAGUUCCAAGCAGAGAUGGAUUGAACGAGAGUCGGUUAAUGGAUCUCCUCAGUGGUUCUGAAUAUGUACUCACCUAUGAAGAUAAGGAUGGUGAUUGGAUGCUAGUUGGUGAUGUUCCAUGGGAAAUGUUCACCGAGUCUUGUAAGAGGCUGAGGAUCAUGAAGAGUUCAGAGGCUAUUGGGCUUGCCCCAAGGGCAAUGGAGAAGUGCAAAAACCGUAAUUAGCGCAAUGCUGCUGCAGUGAUGGAUAUAAUAUUCUAGUGAAGCAUAUGAAUGGGUGUAAGCCAUGAGUGGGUCUCAAAAUUGGGCCCUCUGCUUCCUUUAUAUGUAUGAAUCUAAAUAUUCAAGAUUUGCUGUAAUGGAAAUACAAUGUAGUAGGCAAGAUAUAUCGUUGUAGACGGUUCCAGUUUUCUUAGGUCUGUCACCUCUAUCCUGUCUUUCCCAUGUAAUCUGAUUGCUGAUUGUUAACGCUACAGUAUUAUGUAAAUGUUUUGUUUGCUGUA